AACUAAGUUUAAUCAGUUCUUGUUUAUACUGUAGGCCCAAAGUGUUUCAGUUUCUGACUCCAAAGAUUUGAUUUUUAUUACUUUUUUUCUUUUACACCCUUUUCAGUACAGUUCUUUAAUAUAAUUACUUCACUAUUGAAACCCCACUUCAUGUACAUUUCAACUUAAGGGGAUUUAUGGAAACAAGCAAUUAAUGAGUAGUUCAACUCAAUAUAUGUCAAGUUGUACAUGUCUCUGUUUUUUAUCUGUAUGAUUUUAGCUCAAAAGUUUGUUGUGUCAUUAACAUUAUCUUUCUGAAAAAUGGGUUAUUUAGAUAUGGUUUGUUGAAAUUUGACACUUAAAAGUUGUAUGUGUAUGGAAAAAUAUGGAUGUGGUCCUAAGAAGUAAGAUCCCAUUUGGAAUCAAGAUUCAAGAUUUCUGUUUUCUUGGCGUGUUGUGAUUUUUGUGUGUGUGGUGAUGGUGGAAUCUUGAGCUGAUUUUUGUUUCAGUGUCAUAUUGGUGAGGUAAAGGUUGAAGCUUUUUUUUUUGAAAUGGCUAUGGGACACCAAGAUCAAGAUGGUGUUCCAGAUAACUUGAGAAAGCAACUUGCUCUUGCUGUUAGAGGUAUUCAAUGGAGCUAUGCUAUCUUUUGGUCAACUCCAGUUACACAACCAGGGGUGUUGGAAUGGAGUGACGGGUACUAUAAUGGGGAUAUCAAGACUAGGAAGACUGUUCAGGCCGAGGAAGUUAAUGAAGACGAGCUGGGAUUGCAGAGAACUGAGCAAUUGAGAAAACUUUAUAGUUCCCUCUUAACAGGUGAAAGUGAAGAAGACCUACAACCACAGGUCAAAAGGCCGUCGGCUGCAUUAUCUCCAGAAGAUCUCACUGAUACAGAGUGGUACUUUUUAGUAUGCAUGUCAUUCGUCUUCAAUGUUGGCCAAGGGUUGCCAGGGAAGAUCUUAGCAACAAAUGAAACAAUCUGGCUAUGCAAUGCUCACCAAGCCGGGAGUAGAGUCUUUUCUCGUUCUUUGCUAGCAAAGAGUGCAUCUAUCCAGACUGUUAUAUGCUUUCCCUAUUUAGGAGGCGUAAUAGAGCUGGGAGUUACCGAACUUGUAUUAGAAGAUGCCAACCUCAUUCAGCAAAUAAAAAAUUCCUUUCUGGAGGCUGAUCAGUCUGUUAUCUCAAAGAGGCCUAAGUACUCAGUUGUAUUUUUACAGCCAAAAGGACAAAACACACUAAGCUAAAAUGGUACCCAUUGAAGCAAAUUCCAUUAAUUGAAACUCAAUUUACGAGGGCAAACCUAAAAAUUUACAUUUUUAAGACAACCUCGAUCCUACUCACACACUUUGAAAACUUUUACUUAACGGGACAAAAAGUUAAUUUGGAUCUAAAACGUUGGUGAUGUAAUUGGUGGGUUUUGGAAGACUUUUUGACAGAUGUGCUCUUCAUGUGCUGCAUUUUUCAUAUAGCCCCUCUUUUCUCUUUCUUACUGGUCUUUGGCUUAAAAAUUUGGGUCUUUUUACACUUCCGUCUUCCUUUUGCCCUUUGGUGAUUUCUCUUGGGUUUUAAAGACUUAAAAAAACAGAUUUGACUAUAACAAAGAAGAUUUUUGAUUAAAUAAAAAUAUUUGGUACCCCUAAUGCGCACACACACUGCACAACAAUGCCCAAUCCACCCAUUGACUUGUGUCCGUUAAAGUCUCCACUAAGGCCAGACUGUUGAUCAUCACUGUACCAGUUGCCUUUGUUGCUUUUGCCGUGAGGUUGGCAGGCUUCAUGCCAAUAAAUGGAGGAAAAAACCUAGCAUACUCCUCAAGAUUCAACUCUUCCCCAUUUCCAUCCAAGCUUUGAAACCACAGAGGACCACUGAUCUCAGCCAACUUAACCAUCUCAUUCAUGGCAGCAAAAGCAAGCUCCAUUAACAUGGUCUUAUCAAAGGAUACAUCCAUACCAGUCAUGUUGGGGGUGGGCCUAGUGAAAUCACAGAUGUACCAACACUUGAGAUACCAUUGCCAAAAUCAAGUCCCGUGGGCAACGCAGUGUCAACAGAGUUCAUAGCACCAAAGUCGUUUCUUCCAACAGCAAGUUCCAAACCAAAGUUACCCACUCCAGCUGGCAUUGGGCAAUUGAAAGAUGACAAAGGCAUGCCCAAAACCUUAUUCGCCAUGAGACAGAUCCUAUUGUAUUCAUCUCUCAGUCUAGCAUUCUCAAUCUUCAAAUGAUGUUCUUCCAUGUGUAUCUCUCCAAGAAUUGCAUGGCCACCACACUGGUGGAUAUUUACA